AUGAAAUCUCAAGUCCUUCAAAUCACUGCGAUAGUCGCUGCAACUAUUGUGCAAGGAUAUGAGUUUGUUCGCCUGAAUAAAACUGAUGCUGCUCUACUCAUAGUCGAUCACCAAAUCGGUCUCGCAACACUAGUCAGAGAUUAUGAACCUACUGUUUUCAGGCAGAGCGUGAUUGCUCAUGCUGCUAUCGGCAACCUGUUUAAUCUGCCUACGAUCAUGACGACCUCUGCAGAAACUGGACCAAAUGGCAAACUUCCAAAAGAGGUCACAGAUCUACACCCAAAUGCCCCCUACAUUAAGCGUAACGGUGAAGUCGAUGCUUGGGAUAAUCCAGAAUUCAAAGCUGCUGUGAAAGCCACGGGAAAAUCCCAAAUGAUUAUCGCCGGCAUCGUCACCGAAGUCUGUACCUCAUUUCUAGCGCUUUCCCUUAGAGCAGAAGGCUACGAAGUGUUCGCCAACACUGAAGCCUCUGGAACAUUCAACGAUAAGCUCGCUGCCGAUGCGAAUCGUCGUAUGGAAGGAGCAGGCGUACAUCUCAUGGGCAUGUUCGGUAUUGUAGCGGAUUUGCAGCGUGAUUGGAGAAAUACUUCUCCCAAUGCUACUGAGGUAUUCGCGUAUAUGGACAAAUACCAGGCUCCUGUCGCGCUUAUGGCUAGGCACUAUUCAGAUGCAAUUUCUUCCGCUGGGAAUGCUUAG